ACUGUGAUCACAGCUGCACAACGAGCGCUGGCGGCGGCAGCUACAGCAGAGACCUGGGCUGUGCUCGUCCCCCUUCUCCUCCUUUUUUUUUUUUUUUUUUUUUUCCUCCUCCUUCCUCCUCCUCUUCCCUCCCCUUCGCCUGCGCUGCCAGAGCCACCGAAACUCCCGUGCAGAGCCCCGCCGCCGCCGGUAGCCCGUGCGCUGCCCCGGCGCUCGCUCGGGCUGGAAAGUUGCGGCAGGCUCCGGGCUCGGCUGCCGCGGGGAGGGGGCUCCGGACUUACAAAACCCGGCUGGGGGCACAGGCUGGGCGUUUACACCGACCUUCUUCUUCCUGCACAGACCCGAAGGCAGCAUCUUUGUUUUGUUUUGCUUUUGCCCUUCCUGCUACCGCUCCUUUCUCCUUGCGACCGGGCGCCUCGGAGCCGGGAGCUGCCGCAGCCCGCGGUGCGGGGCGAACGCUGAUACCGAGAGCCAGGAGCCAGCCAGGCGGCCCCGGGGGCCGGCUCGUCCUUGGCUUUGUUGCUCCGGACUGAAGAAGCUCCAGAAGCCGGGAGAAGGAGGCGGCGGAGGAGGGGGAGCAGAGGAAAGGAAGCGAGAGCUGAAAGCCAAAGUUGGUUUGGAAUAGAGGAGCGCGGCCAGCCCUCUGCCAGACUGCGCGCUGGGGUGAAGUCUCCAGCCCCCUCCGCCGGGAGAGGUGCCCGCAAGACAGCGAUGGCCGGAGAGCUCAGCAUCGGAGCCGAGCUGCCCACUAGCCCGCUGGCCAUGGAGUACGUGAACGACUUCGACUUGAUGAAGUUCGACGUGAAGAAGGAGCCCCUGGGCAGGAACGACCGCUCGGGCAGGCACUGCACUCGCCUGCAGCCGGCCGGCUCCGUCUCCUCCACCCCCAUCAGCACCCCCUGCAGCUCCGUGCCCUCCUCGCCCAGCUUCAGCCCCACCGAGCAGAAGACCCACUUGGAGGACCUGUACUGGAUGGCCAACAGCUACCAGCAGAUGAACCCCGAGGCGCUGAACCUCACCCCAGAGGACGCUGUCGAAGCCCUCAUUGGGUCCCACCAGGUGUCCCAGCAGCUGCAGGGCUUUGAGGGCUUCCGGGCCCACCACCACCACCAUCACCACCAUCACCAACACCACCACCAGUAUCCCGCAGUCACUCACGAAGACCUGGCCGGCAGCGGGCACCCUCACCAUCACCACCAUCAUCACCACCAGGCCUCUCCCACUCCCUCCACCUCCUCCAGCUCCUCCCAGCAGCUCCAGAACUCACACCAGCAGCAUCCCCCCUCCAGCAGCGUGGAGGACCGGUUCUCAGAUGACCAGCUGGUCUCCAUGUCUGUGAGGGAGCUCAACAGGCACCUCCGAGGCUUCACCAAAGAUGAGGUGAUCCGCCUCAAGCAGAAGAGGAGGACCUUGAAGAACAGGGGCUAUGCCCAGUCCUGCAGGUAUAAACGUGUCCAGCAGAAACACCACCUGGAGAACGAAAAGACCCAGCUCAUUCAGCAGGUGGAACAGCUCAAGCAAGAAGUGACCCGGCUUGCCAGAGAGAGAGACGCCUACAAGCUGAAGUGUGAGAAACUUGCCAGCAAUGGCUUCAGAGAGGCCGGCUCCACCAGUGACAACCCGUCUUCCCCUGAGUUCUUCCUGUGAGUGCUUAACAAAAAUAAUUAAAAAACAAACAAAAACCCCUCACCCCCCAAACCUGACCCCUGUCACCUUCCCCCCCCGCUCCCAUCCUCCUCUGACAUCUCCAUCCAUCCGUCUGCUUGACUAGAGAGAAAGGAGGAGAGAAAAAUAGAGACUUGAUUUUUUUUUUUUUUUUUUUUGCAGCAUCCAGUCUUCUAGAGUAGCUGUGGGAAAAGUAGGCUGGGGGUGGGGAUGGGAGAGGUAAAGUGCAACUUUUUGACUUUCGUGUGCAAGUUAGAGAGGGAGACAGAGGCAAAGGAGAAAAGGACAAGUGAAGCGUUUUAUAGAUCGCUUGCUUGCAGAGCGAGAUGGACUUUAAAAGAAUAAUAAUAAAAAAAGGACAAUGAACAAGCCAUCUAUAAUGUACUGCCUGCUUGGAAAGGGAGAGGACAUAUACAGCACCAUCUCAUGCACAAUUUACCUGCUUGGAAAAAGAGAAUAAAUAAAAAGGACAAUAUAUGCAAACUCUUCAUAUAUUGCCUGCUUUGAGAAAUAAGUUACAGGACUCAGAUGGGACAUUCAAUCUAAGAAAAGAAAGAAAGAAAAAAACUCAUCAGUUUUAUUGCCUGCUUGAUUAUAUAGAAAAAAUACGAAAAUCUGCAUUAAAAAUAUUAAUCCUGCAUGCUGGACAUGUAUGGUAAUAAUUUCUAUUUUGUACCAUUUUCUUGUUUAACUAUAGCAUGUUGAUCAUCGAUCAUAGAUUUCUGUUGUUGUUUUGUUUCAUCAAUAAGAAAAGCAUCAAAGGUUAUCGAACUUUUUACUGCUUGUGCAGUUUUGUUCGUUGGUUUUGCUCUUGUUUUCUUUUAUGGUUGUUAGCUUGUAAAUAUCUGCUACUUCAAACCGUACAGGAGAAAAAUACACAAAAAACAAAAUAACAUUUCAGCAGGCUGGUUAUACGGUUUGUUUGGUGUUAAAGAGAUACUGAAAGAAAAAAAAAAGUUAUGGGCAUUUUGCAUUAGAAAAAAACCAACUUUGUAUAUCUGGUGCACUUUUAAGUUGUAUUUUUUUUGUUAGUUUUCAUUUUGGUUUUUGUUUGUUGGGGCAGAAGCAAAACCGCCUGAAUAGCAUUGACAAACCUAAACUUAACAGGGAAAAACUCUCCUCGGUCACUAGAACCUACUCCAUGCCUUAAAGUGGCAGCGAAGCUCUUUCCUCCAGGACAAUUCCCAGCCUGAGUGGUUAGGCUUGGCCAGAUAGUUUCCCUUCUGAUUGUACACUCAGGAAGCGAAGGACGGACGAGAUACCAGUUCCAUUUAAAAAACAACUGCCCCUAGAUUUUCGGUAAAUAAAGAGAAAAAACAACCCCAAACCCUCCUCGUUACCAGUCAAGUUGCGAUAGCAGCGAGGGCUCCGUGUCGCCACUGAAGUUGGGUUUCUCAAUGGCAGCAGCUGAUGAGUGGGCUGGGAAAGCAUAUAAUUCUAAAACUUUUUUUAGGAAGACAUACCGCAACUUUUAAGUGUAUUCUUUUGCAAUGAUUUGUAAUCUGCUUCUCUGCUUCCCUAUGCAGCGAGUGAAAGUUUUAGCCAAAAUUUAUUUGCAGUUGUAUAGUAGUAGUAGUUUGGAGUCUUAUGGGUGUUUUUAUUACUUUUUUUUUUUUUCCUCCUGCAGGUCAGUAAAAGGAUUUACGUUGCACUGACAAAAAUACCAAAAUGAAAACUUAUUUUUUAGUUUCCUUUUAGGAUAGCUGGCACUGCUGGCCGGAUGCAUUUUAAGUUUGUAUUAGUUUAUAAAUUAACAGUAAUAACAAGAUUGUAAUGAACAGCAUGGUGCUUGCAGUUUUAAAUAUUGUGGAUAUUAGUCAUGCAUCAGAAAACGAUCUUUGGUUUUUACUGAUUCAACUGUGUUGAAAUCAAAACAUUGCAGCAGCGGGAAAAAAAUUGUUUUUAUUUCAUGUAAAGUUCUGAAGGGAUCAAUUUCAAAUCCUGCUUAUGAUAUGAAAAAUAUUAAAAAACCUGGUCUAUUGUAGUUUUAUUCAGACUGGUUUCUGUUUUUGGUUAUUAAAAUUGUUUCCUAUUUUGCUUAUUAAAAUCAUUGAAAUGGCA